ACAGGUCCCAUGAUGCACCUCUGUCACUCUCUUCUACACGGGCAGCAAGCCAGUCAGCAGCAGGUAAACAAACCUAUCUGACUGUGGGAAGAGGAGCCAAACAAAGCGUCUGCGCUGUUUGACCGUGUUGCAUUUGCAAUGGCGAAAAUGAUGACACUCGGAUAAGACGCACGUCUGCUGCCACCGAUUCAAUAAAAAAAUAUAUUACUGCAGGUUUGGUUGCGAAGAAGGUCGACAUCAAAUAGGACACGUUAAACAGCAAAGGAGAGGCUGAUAUCUGCGCAUGAUGCAUUGCAGCACUUUGGAGAAAAUGAGUAAUUUUAGCCAUAUUCUCAGACUAGAGUGUCUGAUCCGAGAUGUCGGUUGGCUUCUUUAGCUACCGUGUGAUUUAAAACCCGUACUGGCCUCGAAACAACAUCCUCUGUGGUGCAACAUGGGCCCCAUCAUGCAGGAACGCACAGCAUCCACGACACUGAAACGCGUCGUUUCCAAAGAGAAGAUACGGGUUAAGAAUACUGAAAAUAACGGCACAGUAACCACUUCAAAGAAGGGUAACAAGAUGAAGAAAGCAGUGGGUCAGAUGAAAAAUGGCCUCCCAGGACCAGGUCAGGAUAAGGACACAACAACAGCAAUGCACAGGGGUGCACAAUCUAAAGGCAGCAGGCUCAAGCAUAGCACCACACGGAAUACAAACAAAGUUUCCAGUCCUGAGCAAGAAAGAGAACUGAGACCUCAACUCCGCAAACAGUCAACUGCACACGGGAAAGAGGAAAAACUAGAAAAUCAGCGGAUGUCACAGUGCAGCAGUGAGCUCCCUCAAAAUCGUCAGGGAAUGGGAAAAAACCGGCGAGCCCUCUCCCUGCCUCUUUCUCCGAUAUCAGGGCUACGAAACCCAACAGCUCAACUUCUAUCACACUCACCAGCCCCCACCCCAGAAGCACUACAGCAACACUACAAUGACAAGGAAGACGACACUGACAGUGCCAGCGAUUUAUCUGACUCAGAGAGGCUGCCUGUUCUGCCCUCUCCAUGCACCCCCUGCACUCCUCCUCACCUCAACCUCCGGGCAGAGAUCAUCAACACUAACGACUUUCCCCCGGACUUUCCAGGACCCCUUGGGACACUGGGUGAUGAAGAUAAGAGUGAAAAACCCAGCUACAGUUAUCCAGACUUUCUGCCUCCUCCCUUCAACAACUGGAGUCUUAGACAGCUGGCAGUGUUUCUUCACACCGAGGGUCGUGGUGCCCCACGGCCAAAGCCUGUGGGGCCCUUAGAGAAGUACCUCGAGAGGCUUCUGCAGCUGGAGUGGCUCCAGAUCCAAACAGUGCAAGCAGAGAGCAGCCGUCCACCUGGUAGCCGCACAAGGCCACAAAGCUUUCCCUCAGCCACCACUGCACACCCAACCAGGCCUCAUACAGCACCAUCAUCCCGACUCAACUCCCCCAAAGGGCUGCGGCACAGCCAACGAUCCUUUCCAUUUACGCCUGUAAACAACCCACCAUCACCCGCCUCCACCCAGCACCAGCUCACCCGCUUUCCAGUUUGUCCACAUUGUCACAUUCGCUAUCCACUGUGUAAUGGCAGCUGCUCUGCCUCUGUCUACCAGCGCCACUCACGGCUCAGCCCACUGCUUGAGCGCAGAGCGCGACCUGGGGCAGCAUCAAAGAGAAGCAGCAGUGAGACCCGAGCAACCUCCACAGAAGGUAGGAGCCCAGGAGGACAAGGGGGGGGUGGAGGAGGAGCCCAGACUCCUGUUAGCCCAUCAGCUGGUAGGAGUCAUCUCAGACACAUGCAGGCUGUAGGUAAUUCCCGUAAGCAACCCCUGGAAUCUAACACUAACCAGAACAGCAGAGGUCAGGUGAGGAAAAGCCGUGUCAGAGCUAAUUCUGAGACAGAUGUUAAAAAGGAGCCAGGUCCAAAUAAAGCGUCAAGUGCAGAGAAACGUGGUCUUGCUGCUAGUAAGAGAGAUAUCAUCACCUCUAAGAGAGAAGAAAAGGACUGGCAGAGGACGGAAACAGGAGGUCAAGCUUCUAAAACUGCCAUGAAAAGAGCUGCUAAAGACCCAGCAUCUCUUGCUAAAGCGCCGCCUAGCGGUAAGCAGAAUAGUAAAACAAAGAAUGUGCACUUUGUUGUAAAGUAAUCUUUAUAGAUCUGCAGUAUAGUGCUACAAUUCAUGGUUACUUGGUGAAGGAGCUUAAACUUAUGCUUGCUUUCUGUGUAAUCAGUGUAAUGCUAACAUGUUCUAACUGUUGUACAGAAGUCUAAACAAGUCAGUGGUGUACAGCCCUAAAAUGGAUGAAACUCAGCAACUGAGCAGCUACAGUACACGGAGAACAACAAUGCAUUUCAUUCAAGUGUACAGCUGUGUUUAAAAGGAAUGCUCAGUAUGAACCUGAACACAUCUAGGAUUAUAAAACCAGUCUUUAAUGUAAACUGAAUUCUACACUUGCAAACAUUCUCAGUAAUCUACUAAUAUUGAAAUAUGGAUAGAAUAGGAAUCUACUGUACCGCUUAACAGCUUCAAGCAUAAGUAAUCCAUAGUGGUGUUUAACAAAGAUCAUUGCAUUUCAUUCAUCAAACACUUGAGGAAAUUUUGAAGUGGAAUGCAUUUAUUUUACAUGGUUUUAUUUAAAGUGAUGUUGGUUUUUAUUCUUUUGUGCCUCAUGUUUUCAAACAUGCUCAGUUAAAGCAUUUCUGUCUGAAUGGAAGGCACACUGGAGUGGUGCGUUACUUUAAUACUGCGGAUUGUUUCUGAUACUUUGUGCUAUGAUUUUACAUUUUUUGUUACAAGGGCUUUUCAUGUUUGAACAGCUUGAAUUGUAAUCUAUGAUAAUAUGCUGUAUUUUGCAUAGAGCUGAGCUCUUCCUGUCAUUGAAGAUGAUGUAAUGUUUGCUACGAAUGUAAAUGCAUAUUUUUCCAGAUUUUAUAUACCAUAGUUAUAUUUAUGAGAAGUGUUGUGGUUGGCUUGUAUUUGUCAUUCUCUUCAUCAUGUUUACUUUGUUGCACACAAUAAGAAAAUUUUAUGUCAAAGAGCUGAAUGUACCUUUGUCUCUUUUGCUCAUUCCAGUCGUUCGAUGGGAUUUGAACACAUGAUAGGCUGUAACAUGGUGAUAUUGUAUUUGUCACCUCCACAUUCCACUGCAUACUUGACGUCUGUAAAACACUGUUUACAUUAGAGUGCUUUAUCUGUUUCUUGUGUAAUUUUUAACAUGUGUACUUGAUUCAUAAGAAAACUACAUUAAUUUAAAUGUGAUGUAUUCUGACUGCACUUACUUAUUUAAUUUCCAUGUAAAGUAUCAAAGCCAUAAGUAAGGGGCCAGGACAGGCAAUAUUAUUGAAAGUGUGUACACUACAUUGACAUGCACGCUGAAAGAUUGUGAUAUGUAUUUUCUCAGUGUUGAAUGCAAGUGUUUGUAAGGCAUAGAAAUAAAUAAGUGAAAUAUAAAA